GCUUCCCCGCAAUGCAAAGCAGGUCUCUUUUCAGCAACGUACCCUUCAUAUCAAAUUCUGAUUUCGGGUUGAUUGUGCUCUUUGCUGCUUUGGGUAAGAGUUUCUAGUUUCCCGCUAACUUUGAUGGCUUGAAUUUGAGCAAAUUUUCAGGUUUCCUACUAAAAUUAGUGAUAUUUGUAAUGAUGCGUAGUCUUCAAUUUGGUUUCUUCAUGGUUCAGCAGUGAGCUUAAGGGGUCAUUAUAGCACUUUUUGUUUUGUUUAUUUGCUGCUGAAGAUACCUUGCUCUUUCUCUAUCUUUUUCUUCUUCAUGACUCGAGCUUCGCUCAGUGCCUUAAACCAGAGCCUAGUAAACUCAGCCAAUUUCUAUGGGAACUUCAUAACAAAAUUACCCUUUUCUUCAUCCUCAGCUUCUUCACUUCAAACCAUUGAAAACUCUCAGUGUAAACCGCUCUUAAAUCCACUUUACAAUCUUCUUCCUGAAACCCGAAACCCUAAUAAAAUAGUAGACCUCAUUUCAUCCUCUCUCAAACAAAACAAUUCUCAAUUAACCCUUCUCCAAAAUCACAUAAAACCCCUUAUUCCUCAUUUGGGCUGUCAUGAAAUCACAAGGGUAUUAUUAAGAUUCCAGUCUGACUGUUCUUCAGCUUUAACUUUCUUCAACUGGGUUAAAAACGAUCUGGGUAUUAAACUUUCUUCACAUAACUACUGUUACAUUGUUCAUAUAUUGGCUUGGUCUAAAAAUUUCUCUUUGGCAAUGAACUUGUUAUGUGAAUUGAUUGAUUUUGUUAAAGACUGUUCAAAUUGUGAAGAUCUUUUUGAAAGUUUGGUGAGCUGUAGUAAAGAUUGUAACUUUGAUCCUGUUGUUUUUGAUAUGCUUAUUAAGGGUUAUGUGAGAAAGGGUAUGGUUAAAGAAGCGAUUAGAACCUUUACGAACGUUUUGGAAGUCGGCUAUUUGCCCUCUGUGAUCACUUGCAAUUGUCUUUUGAAUGGAUUGUUGAGGUUGAAUUUUAUUGAUCAGUGUUGGUUAGUGUAUGAAGAGAUGGGGAGAGUCGGGAUUCGACCAAAUUCGUACACUUUUAAUAUAUUGACUAAUGUUUUUUGCAAAGAUGGGAAUGUUGAUAAGGUUAAUGAGUUCUUGGAGAGGAUGGAAGAAGAAGGGUUUGAUCCUGAUUUGGUGACCUAUAAUACACUGAUUAGUAGCUAUUGUAGGAAAGAGAGACUCAAUGAUGCAUUCUAUUUGUAUCGGAUUAUGUAUCGGAGAGGUGUUGUGCCAGAUUUGGUUUCAUAUACCGCACUGAUGAACGGUCUUUGUAAAGAAGGGAGGGUGAGAGAGGCACAUCAGUUAUUCCAUAGAAUGGUUCAUCGAGGAUUGAAUCCGGACAUUGUGUCGUAUAAUACUCUUAUUUCUGGUUAUUGCAAGGAGGGGAGGAUGCAAGAGUCGAAAUAUUUGGUGCAUGAGAUGAUAGGAAAUGGGAUUUCCCCUGAUAGUUUUACUUGUCGAGUUCUCGUGGAAGGAUAUGGAAAACAGGGAAGGUUGGUUUCAGCUUUGAAUUUGGUUGUAGAGCUAAGGAGAUUUGGGGUUUCCAUAUCAUCCAGCAUUUAUGAUUUUUUGAUUGUUUCUUUAUGUCGUGAGGAUCGACCAUUCGCUGCAAAGAAUAUCCUUGGGAGAAUCUCUCAGGAUGGUUAUGUACCCAAACCAGAUAUCUAUAACGAAUUGAUCGAAACGUUCUGCAGAUGCAAUAAUGUGGCCGAUGCAUUGCUCGUAAAAGCUGAGAUGGUUCGUAAGAGAAUAAAAGUCAAUCUUGUUGCAUACAGAGCUCUUAUAUGCUCAUCAUGUAGAAUAGGUAAAACUCACGAAGCAGAAUCCUUGAUGGAAGAAAUGCUUAAAUCUGAUAUCCUUCCGGAUCCACACAUAUGCAGGGUGCUUAUCCAGUGCUACUGCGACCAAAUGGAUAUUGAUAAAGCAGAGUCAAUAUUGAGCUUCUUUGCCAAGAAAUUCCGGAUUUUUGAUACCGAAAGCUACAAUGUUCUUGUGAGUACAUAUACAGAGAGUGGUGAUAUGGAGAAGUUAAUGGAGCUUCAAGAUAGAAUGAUGAAACUAGGGUUUGCACCUAAUAGCUUGACAUGCAAAUAUGUAAUCCAUGGUUUAUUGAAAGCCAAGAGAUUGUAUGAGCAGAAGUUGCUUGGUUCUUAGCUGCAAUAACCAGCCGGUUGCUUAUAAUUUCAAUGUACAAAUAUUUCAUUUCAUCCUCAAUCUUUUUACCUUUUAGAAAA